UUAUUUAUUAUUGAUCACAAGAUUUACCCAUUAAAACUGUUUCUAAUUUAACAGGUCGUUAAAAUGCAACCAUUGUUGACUGGUUUAAUUUGUGUAGAGACGUGUGUUGUUCAUUAUUUAAAAAACAUGAAAAGAUGGGAGGACAAAAUAUAGUGGUACAAAUUGAUAAAUCGUUAUUGAAAGGGAGAAGGAAGUAUAACCGAGGAAGACUGCUGCUAGGUGACCUGCGUCAUGAACAAGUACAAGAUAAUUCGGCAGACUUCAAUUCUGAUAGUGAUCAAGAAAAUCAAAUAAAUCUAGUUAAUUCACCUACAUUAAACAGAAAUUAUGGUUGUAGACUAGAAGGACCAUGGGUAUUUGGAUUAUGUAGCAAAAUCGGAGAUAAUUUGGAACAAAGGUUUUUUGUUGUAGAAACAUGUGAUAGAAAAACUUUAAUUUUGAUUAUCGAAAAAAAUAUUUUACAUGGUUCUAUUAUAAUGUCAGAUAAAUGGAGAGCAUAUUCUUGUUUAAAAAAUAUAGGCUAUGAUCAUAAAACAAUAAACCAUUCAAAAAAUUUUGUUGAUCCAACUACUGGAGCUCAUACACAAGCAAUUGAAUGUUCAUGGGGAGUAUUAAAAACUAAAAUCCUACGAAAAAUGCAUGGAACAUCACCGAGAUGUUGCCACGUCAUUUAAUUGAGGCAUGGUAUCGAUCUAUCAACAGGCAAGACAUGAU